GUUAACAGAACAGUGAAAUGGGACGACACAAUCCCUCACAGAUGAUAUUCUCAUAGAUUGGAUCGAUCUGAGCCACAGCUCAGAAAAGGAGUGAAAGAGUUAAGUUUCUGGAACACUGAGAACUCAGAUAAACUGAACAAUGAGUCAGGCACAGGGGAAUAAAGGUGAAGUAUUUAUUUACAGGUGAAAAAUAAAGUWACUCCAAAGACACUGGACCAGUCUGAAAACAUGAAGGCUUGAAAUUGAGGACAGUACAUCCAGGAGAGGACAGGCGAGGUGGUGCAGGUGGAAAGCAGAACGGACGAGGAAGAACCUGAAAGCACAAAGGUUCUGGCAAGAGAGGAACGUGGAGCUUGUUGGAGAGCACAUAAGAAGCACAGGAAUGUGCUGGAGGACUUCCUUGUAGCAGUUAGGUGGAGACUCCUCCUGAGGACACGUAGUUUUAGUGGCACUUCCCCGUCAGCUCAGAGCUGUAGCAGCAGGACCAGAGGACCAAGGCCUGACAGAAACCCUCAGAACAAACGUUUGGGCUCUGACAACAGGAGGAAGGAAAGAGGCUCAGUUUUUCCUGGUCCUCAGAGGAGCUCCUAACAUCUUGAGCCACAGUUUACCUGGACUGAGAAUGAAACCAAGUGUUUGAUGCUGAGAGAUGAGAAGAUCUCAGAGAACUUUAAGUUUAGACACAACCUGCUGGAGUCCAGCAUGCUGUACACAGAGUUACUGCAGCUGUGGGACCAGUCGGUGCAGCGUGUGGAUGCCAAGGACUGGCUGGGAGCUCUGGCCAAGCUGCAGCAGAUCAGUGAGCCAACGUCUCGGACACACUUUAAUGCUGCCUCGGCUCACCUGGCCCUGGGUCAACUGGACCUGGCUCUGAGGUCUUUAGAUUUCACGGUGGCCAAAGAUGAACGUCUUGCUGUGGCCUUCUUCCAGAGAGCAGCUGUGAUGAUGCAGCUGGACAGGCUGGAGGAGGCCCUGUCUGAUUGUAUCUGGGCUCAGAAGCACAUGAGAGGGAACUCUGUCAUCGACUACAGACAGCUGGGACUGAGAUUCAAACUCUACAGCUGGCAGGUGUUACAUAAUGCAGCAGCUGUGUACUGUCAGAUGGGCCACUGGGACCAGGCCAAAGACGUUCUGUUGACCACCUCCCAGGAGAGAGGAGGGGGACGAGUGGGAAACAUCGAGGUGGAUUUGGACAGCAUACAAAGGCGGGUCCACCUGACUCCUCUCCUGGUACCUGAAGGUGUGGUGUUUCGUCCCAGGAAACAAGAGAUUGAGCAGCUGCAACAAAGGGACUUCUUGGGGAAAGCUAAGGUCAUUUCUUCUUUGAUUCCCAAUGAUGAUUUUGGAGGUUUUGAGCCUCUGAGGGAUCAGAAACCCGGCUUCUAUGAACCCAAGAUGGAGGGAUCUCAAGAGAAAGAGUCUCGCUACAUGCGUGUGCGGCGUCCUUUCAUGGCUCAGGGCCCGGGACAACUGACUGUGCCUGGAGGAGCCAUGGUGUUCUUAUUUGGGGAGGAGGACAGAGACGGAAUGAUAAAUGUCAUAUUUGAUGGACAGAGGGGACUCCUGCCUGCGGCCUUCUUAGAACCUGCUGAUGUCAAGACACCCAAAGGCAAAAAGGACAAUAGACCUCCCAGUGGAAUCCCCCUCCCACCAGAACUGAAGCCACCCACACGCCCGCAGGUYCAACCAAAAGCAGCAGCCCCCCCUCGAGAGGCUCCUCCUCCAUCCUACACCACCGCCACCCACGCACCACCAACAGCCUCCGCACCCCCCAACUAUACAGCUAACGCAGCUGGCAAACAGCAGGCUGGCUCAGCUGAGGGAGCAGCAGCAGGAUCUGUGGUGGUGAAGGUCCACUACACCUAYAGCGUGGCUCUGUCUGUCCCUCUGGACACACCAUACCACAGACUGAAGGAACAAAUUGCACAGAAACUGGGCCAUCCAGCAUCCCAGCUGCGCCUCAGACAUAAGGAGCACGGCUCUCGUGUCCUGACCCCCCUAAAUGGGGAGGUGGAGCCGGGCUGCACCAUACAAGAAGUAGCUGAAGCUGGCAGGGUCACCCUGUGGUGUCAGAGAGAAGACCCCCUGGCAAGUCGUACCAUCCUGUACCAGAUGGUGGCACUGUACGACUACACGGCUCAGGGUCCAGAGGACCUGGAGUUCAGUGAGGGGGACACGGUGGACGUCCUGAGUGAAGUUAAUGAGGAAUGGUUGGAGGGACACUGUGCAGGAAAGAUCGGCAUCUUCCCCAGCUGCUUCGCCUACAGGGAGACAGACAACAUCAUGCAGAGCUCAAACUUUUAGCUCUCUGCACUCAUCUGUCACAAAGCUGGAGCACUGGCUGACUUUAGAGCUUCAAAACAAAAGAUCCUUCCAGAACCAGAACAGAAGCAACACUGACAAAAAAUGAUGUAAUGUAACUCAGGUUACAGAAGGUCAUAAAAUAACUCAGAUCUCUGGCUUUUUACAGAAGCUGAAUUAAGUAGAAUAAUGCAAAAAUAGAAUUUUUGGUCUGAAACAAAUAAAAAUGCAGAAGAAAUCUGAUUACUAAUAUCAUAACUGAUGAAAAUCAUAUUCAUGCUACACUUGCUGCAUUUUCCUGUUUUUGAGUGGAUUUAUAAAUGUAUUAUUCUGUUUUUGUACUUGUAUUGUUUAGCACUUUGGUAACAAGCUGUUAUUUGCUUUAUAAAGAAAUGUGACUUGUUUUAAUCUCCACACAAAGGCAGACAGUAGUGUUUGUGUACGUUACUCUAAUGAACCUCUGCACAGAUUUGAAUAAAACUUACAUAAAAUCA